AUGUCACGAGUUAUCGCACCCGCUUCUAAAUCACUUUUUAGAAGAUUGUGGAGAGCAGGUGAUUCGUCAGUAUUAUAUUCAAGACCAGCUGUUUAUUAUGUUAGACAGAGGAUUCGAGAGGGAUUUGAAGAAUAUAAGAAUGUAACUAAUGAAAAUAUUUUAAAUGAUCUUUUUGAACGUUGCGAAAAUACUAUAAAAUUCUUGGAAAUUUCUGCUAAAAGAAAAGGAUUUGAACAUAAAGUUAUUUAUUCCUUGUGCGAAAUGACUUACAUUCAAAAUAGAUAUAAAAGACGGCCUCCACAUAGUAAUAAAAGGUUAAGUUUAGAAAUGUAUAACAUGCACGCUCAUUCCUAUGACGACUAUUACUUGACCGUAAAGAUGAUGAAUGAUAACUUAAAAUUAUGUUUAAGAUAG